GUCUUUUAAUAUGGUUAAAAAUUUCCGUAUCAUAAAUUAUGUAUUUUUCCUGUUGGAAAAUUGUGAUCUUUGGCUUUGUUUGUGAACAAUAACCAGGCCAGUCCAUAAUGGCAGUGAGCACGUACAACUCACACAACAGAAGUGUUAUACGUCGAGCACGUGCGGGGGAUUUAUUAGAAUUCAACCGCGGAUGGUACUCCCAUUGGGCUGUUUACAUUGGUGACGAAGAGGUGGUACAUCUUGGUGGUAUCGAUAAUGAUGGAAUCAAUGGUACCUUAAAGUCUAACCACGUGUUCACGAUCUGCGGGAAAACGUUCAACAAAGCUGUAGUAAAGAAAGAGAACUUCUGGAAAGUGGUUUUUGAUUCCAAAGUUGAAAUCAACAACACUAAAGACAGAAAAUGCAGACCUAAACCAGCCCACGAGAUUGUAAGAGAAGCACUAAGUAAGCUUGGGGAGAUUGGAUACAAUGUUCUCUGGAAUAAUUGUGAACAUUUCGCAGCUUUCUGUAGAUAUGGCGUCAACUGGUCCGAACAGGCGAACAAAGCCCUGACGGGGAUCGCGGCGGUCGGGGCGACUGUCGUGGUAGGGGGGAUAAUCAGAGAGCUGUGUAAAGGGAGGAAAGAAAAGACCCGAAAACAUCUAGAUUUCUGAUGCUCAAAUAUUAAGGAAUUUAUUAUUGUACGUGUUCUUGACUGUUAAUAAUCAGAGUGUCAUUAAACAUGAAUUUUCCCUGGCAAAGGUUCAAAAUAGCAGAUUUAUUUAUUUUUUUUUUCAAUUUCUGAGUUUGUUAUACGAAGAGAAAAAGUGGAGGAAAAAUUAAUUUUAGGAUGUUCGUACAUAUUAAACAGUUUCCGUAUAUAUUCUGGAGCAUACUAGUAUACAAAUUAGUCUUUAAAUUUUUGAAUUAUACUGCACUAUUGUUUGUAGUAGUAAUAUCUAUAAAAUACAGUACACGAAUACAAAAAGAUUUAUGAUAUGCGUUUACUUUUCAAGAGCAAGUAAAAUUGAACUUUUGUAUAAAAUUCGCCAAAAAUAGUCUUGUAUCUCGGUACAGCCAGUUUAUGUCAGUCAUUUCAAAAAUAAAAUAUAAAAAUCCAUUUAAAAAAAAAACUAAAAUAAGAUAUCGUCCUUGAUUGUUGAUAAAUACAUGUGCUUAUAAUAAUAUUUACACAUACUCUUUUUCUGAAUCAAAUCUGUAUGAAUAUCAGCCAAAUCUAUAUUUUUUUGUAAUUUUUUUUUCAUUUAAACACAAGAAUGUUCAUAAUAUGUUGCUUAUCCAAAACUCGUGGUUAUAUUUGCUAAAAUUUUGAUUAAGAAAAUCUGAUAUGAUACUUUGAAUAUAAAGAAAACGACCUAAAAUAUAAUCGGUGUAAAGGAUACAAUAUAUGUGCAUGUCCUACAUGGACGUUAAAAUCACUAUAUUAUCAGUUUUAUUUGUCAGAAUCCAACUUUGCUUUAAAAAUCGACUGUUCUCGGAGCAGGUUCUUCAGUGUAGAAUAAUUUGGAAGGCUUUAACAUCGUAUGGGGGUGAUAGUGAAAUAUCACUACACAAAUAAGGAAAGUUGACAAUAAUAACGCAGUAGUCGCCAGCUGUUAUUGUUGUUUGUAACAUAGUUUAGGUGUUAUUUUGCAUGUAUUAUGAAAAGUCAGUUUCUCAAUCUAUUAAACUUUCUUAAAUUUGUGAUGUAAUGUUACCAUCAUUUCUCUUGUAUAUAUUUUGUAAUACACAUUUAUUUGAAAUAUAGAAUAAAGUAAUGUUAUAUAAAGCC